CGCUGGGCGCUGCUGGGCUGCGGCGGCGGUUACUAUGGCGGAGUCGGCCGGAGCCUCCUCCUUCUUCCCCCUUGUUGUCCUCCUGCUCGCCGGCAGUGGCGGUCCGGGCCCCGGGGGAUCCAGGCUCUGCUGUGUGCGUGCACCAGCUGCCUACAGACCAACUACACCUGCGAAACAGACGGGGCCUGCAUGGUCUCCAUCUUUAACCUGGAUGGCAUGGAGCACCACGUACGCACCUGCAUCCCCAAGGUGGAGCUGGUGCCUGCUGGGAAGCCCUUCUACUGCCUGAGUUCAGAGGACCUGCGCAACACGCACUGCUGCUAUAUUGACUUCUGCAACAAGAUUGACCUGAGGGUGCCCAGCGGACACCUCAAGGAGCCUGAGCACCCCUCCAUGUGGGGCCCUGUGGAGCUGGUCGGCAUCAUUGCCGGUCCCGUCUUCCUCCUCUUCCUCAUCAUCAUCAUCGUCUUCCUGGUCAUCAACUAUCACCAGCGUGUCUACCACAACCGCCAAAGACUGGACAUGGAGGACCCCUCAUGUGAGAUGUGUCUCUCCAAAGACAAGACGCUCCAGGAUCUCGUCUACGAUCUCUCCACUUCAGGAUCGGGCUCAGGGUUACCCCUUUUUGUCCAGCGCACAGUGGCCCGAACCAUUGUUUUACAAGAGAUUAUCGGCAAGGGCCGGUUUGGGGAAGUAUGGCGUGGCCGCUGGAGGGGUGGUGAUGUGGCUGUGAAAAUCUUCUCUUCCCGUGAAGAGCGGUCGUGGUUCCGGGAGGCAGAGAUCUACCAGACUGUCAUGCUGCGCCAUGAAAACAUCCUUGGGUUUAUUGCUGCUGACAAUAAAGACAAUGGCACCUGGACCCAGCUGUGGCUUGUCUCUGACUAUCACGAGCACGGCUCACUGUUCGAUUAUCUGAACCGCUACACAGUGACCAUUGAGGGAAUGAUUAAACUGGCCCUGUCUGCAGCCAGUGGUUUGGCACACCUGCAUAUGGAGAUUGUGGGCACUCAAGGGAAGCCUGGAAUUGCUCAUCGAGACUUGAAGUCAAAGAACAUUCUGGUGAAGAAGAAUGGCAUGUGUGCCAUUGCAGACCUGGGCCUAGCUGUCCGUCACGAUGCCGUCACUGACACCAUAGACAUUGCUCCAAAUCAGAGGGUGGGAACCAAACGAUACAUGGCUCCUGAAGUACUUGACGAGACCAUCAACAUGAAGCACUUUGACUCCUUCAAGUGUGCCGACAUCUACGCCCUCGGGCUUGUCUAUUGGGAGAUUGCUCGGAGGUGCAAUUCUGGAGGAGUCCAUGAAGAGUAUCAACUGCCAUAUUAUGAUUUAGUGCCCUCUGACCCUUCCAUUGAGGAAAUGCGAAAGGUCGUCUGUGACCAGAAGCUACGGCCCAAUGUCCCCAACUGGUGGCAGAGUUAUGAGGCCUUGCGAGUGAUGGGGAAGAUGAUGCGGGAGUGCUGGUACGCCAAUGGUGCUGCCCGCCUGACAGCGCUGCGCAUCAAGAAGACUUUGUCCCAGCUAAGCGUGCAGGAAGACGUGAAGAUUUAAGCUGUUCCUCUGCCUACGCAAAGAACCUGGGCAGUGAGGAUGCCUGCAGCCACCGUGCAAGCGUGGAGGCCUACCUCUUGUUUCUGCCCAGCCCUCUGGCCAGAGCCCUGGUCUGCAAGAGGGACAGAGCCUGGGAGACGCACACUCCCUACUGGGUUUGAGACAGACACUUUUUAUAUUUACCUCCUGAUGGCAUGGAGACUCUGAGAGCAAAUCAUGUAGAUGACUCGAUGCCACAACUCACACUCGUGCAGUGGGAAGGACAGAAGGCCCAGUGCAUCUGGCAUGUUGCCAGGAGUGGUGAUGGGUGCUGGGCUCGCCCGGGAGCAGCCCCCAUACCGUGUGGUCCACAGGACUGCAGGUUUCCUCCAGGGACCAGUCAACUGGCAGAUACUGAGAGGAACCGGAAGUGUCCUCCCUUCUACCCGUGGGCAGUCCUGAGCCACGCCAUCCCCUUCUCAUCUGGAGGGACUGCCCCUAGAGACACAACCUGCUGCCUGUCUGUCCAGCCAAGUGCGCAUGUGCCGAGGUGUGUCUCACAUUGUGCCUGGUCCGUGCCUCGCCCGUGUGUGUGUGUGUGUGUGUGUGUGUGUGUGUGUGUGUGUGUGUGGGUGUGUGUGUGUGUGUGGGUGUGUGUGUGUGUGUGUGUGUGUGGUGGUGUGUGUGUGUGUGUGGUGUGUGUGUGUGUGUGUGGGGUGUGUGUGGUGUGUGUGGGUGUGUGUGAGUGUGUGUAUGAGUGUG